AUGGAUUUCGACCAGCUGCGCGAGAGCAGCCCCGCGCCCUCCCCCGGCCGCGUCCUCGAGGAGCCCAUCUUCCCGGCCUUUGGCAACGACGCCAGCGCCGUGAGCCCGGAGUCGCCCACGGAGCUGCAGAAGAACGAUCCCCUGGGCACGCAGAUAUGGAAGCUCUACUCACGCGCCAAGACACAGCUGCCCAACGCAGAGCGCAUGUCCAACCUGACAUGGCGCAUGAUGGCUCUGAACAUGCGCCGCGCAGAGCUCGAGCGCAACAAAGGUCCCAGUUCGAGUCCCCAGAGCCAUGAAUUCACCUCCCCGCCACCACCCACCUCGAGGCCGUUGCCCCGGACUGCCCCCAGUGGCAUUGCACAGCAGCUGAGACGAUCUGCCGACCAGCAGGCGCACGCGCAGGCACAAGCGCACUCGCACUCGCACUCGCACUCACACUCACACUCGCAGCCCCAGCCCCAGCCACAGCCACAGCCACAGCCACAGCCGUCACAGCCGCCUCAAGACACGAUGAACCUGGACGAUUUUAUAUUUCCCUCGUCCGUCGGCAGCCCUGCAGGUUUGUCGCCAGAACCGUCGAAUGGGGCCGAGGGCCCGUUGCAUGCAGGCUCCGGGGUGCCGAUAAGGAAGGCUAAUCAGCUCCACGACCACAACCUCUCCCUCGCCCACGCCUCUGCUCCACCAGUUCCCCCCCAGAUCAACAGAGAGAAUGAGUUUGGCUACGUCGCCCGCCACGUUCGCAAGACCAGCAUCGACGAACGCCGACCCCCCAAGCGACGAGCAGAAGCCUCACCCCAGCUCCCUCCUGCCAACAGCAUCAUGAUACCCACCGACCCCCAGGCAGAGGCCGACUUGAACCACUACUCCCUCGACCAAACCAUGCAGCCUCCCGCCUUCCCCGCCUCCCAGGCCCAGGUGCCCUUCUCCAUCGACACCUUCCAGAUGCACGAGGACCCCGCCGUAAGCUCAGCAGGCCCCUUUCAGCAGAGCUUCGGCUUCUCUCCCGUUGGCUCGCCUAUGAUGAACCACGCCGCUUCCUUCCCAAACAUCUUCAACCAAAACUCCAUGGCCUCUUCCCUCAACUCGACAGACUACUACUCGCCCCCCAGCUCUGCCUUUCCUUCCGCCGUCUCGACCCCUCAGCCCAUGAACGACGACAACCACGUCUACUUUGAUCGUCAUGGCAUGGACAUUCGCACCCAGCACAGCACCAGCGUCUCGUAUGGGUCCCACCGUCCUUCGACCUUGUCCACCUCCAUCCAGCCUCAGUUCGUCUUCAACCCCAACGGAGCCGGGUCAGACUCGGUCUUUAGCCCCGUCACAAGCGCGAGCUCGUCCCUGCCCUUCUCGGCCACCUCGUUUGGCCACUCUGCGCAUGUCGACCCCUCCCAGGUCCUCAACAACAGCCUGCCCUUUCGACAACAGCACGAGAUGCAGAUGCCACGCCACGAGAACAUGUUUACCUUUGGUGCCGACUCCGACGCCGAAGACGACGAAGGCGGCGCAUUUGCGGAUCGCAACAUGCCCUCGCAGGACUUUUCGCCCAUGGACGAUGGGUCUUUUGACUUCAACACGAACUACCAGUGGGAGACAAACCUGUCCAACCAGUUCAACCCCAUGCAGGCCCGAUACCCCGCAGGGCCUCCGCGCAAAACCGUUACAAUCGGCCCUACCGAGAUACACUCACCACAAGAUCACUGGAGUCCCAGCAGUCUGGGCCGAACGCAUGGAUCAGCUGCCUCUGUGAGCGACAUUCGAAACCGUGGGAACGAUCCGCGUCGUCAAAAGAUACCCCGCACUUGCUCGACUCCGAAUGCUGCGGGACUAUUGCACCAAGCUAUACACGGCCGAACACAAUCGUCGCCGAAUUCACCGCCAGAAUCGGGCUUCAGCUCUGCCGCGCCCUCUCGCCCUCCGAGCCCGGGCGGCACAAAACCAGGAGAGGGUGGUGCUCCUACCACCUGCACAAACUGCUUCACGCAGACGACGCCUCUAUGGCGCCGCAACCCCGAGGGCGCCCCACUCUGCAAUGCAUGUGGGCUGUUCUUGAAGUUGCACGGCGUGGUUCGGCCACUGUCCCUCAAGACAGAUGUCAUUAAGAAGCGCAAUCGCGGUAGCGGUAACGCUCCGGUGGGUCCGUCGUCAUCGCGAGCUUCGAAGAAGUCGUCCCGCAAGAACUCCAUUGCCAUGACGCCAGUAACAACACCGAAAGCAGCAGACUCGGAGUCCCCAAACUCAACAGGGUCUGCUGGCGGUGGGCUCACUAGCGUCAAUCUCGCUCCAGCUGCCGCAAACGCUAAACCAGCUGGCGUAGUCCCUAUAGCUCCCGGUCCGCCGAAAAACGUCACUCCAGUGAGCGCCAUCCAACCUCGUGGACCAAGUAUGACGCCGAGACGAGCCCGCGCUCAGAGCAGGAGUGGUACGCAAGAAUUGGACAUGGCCGAUGCCGAUGACACGAGUGGGAAAACAUCUCUUCGAAGAAAAGAGGCUCCCAUCGCGGCUCCCAGUCCAUUCCCCAGUCAGAACCUGGGUGCUCUUCCCAUGGGUGCCAUGGGUCAGGGCCUGCAAUCUUCUGGUCCUGCAGAAUGGGAAUGGCUGACCAUGAGUUUGUAA